AUGGCCUCACCUCAGCAGACACUCCGUGACAGGCAAGUAGCUUGCCUUCAGAAAGUACUCAACUUCAAUCAUGCUCCUUCGCCCGAAUCUACAGACCACCACGAUGGUCCCAGCGCCAACGGCGUGGUACCGCACGCCUCGCCAAUUCUCAACUCCGAUGGAGACCCGAUAUGGAAAGUCUUGGUAUUUGACGACUUAGGGAGAGAUGUCAUAAGUAGCGUUCUCAGAGUGAAUGAUCUACGCUCGUGGGGCAUAACAAUACAUCUUAAUAUCAACUCUCAAAGGCAUCCUAUACCCGAUGUACCUGUCUUAUACCUACUCGAGCCAACUGUUGGUAAUUUGCAUCACAUCAACGGUGAUAUUGUAAAGAACCUAUACUCAGAUGCAUACAUAAACUUCCUUUCAUCCAUUCCCCGCCCGUUAAUGGAGGACUUUGCAACGGAGAUCGCAGACAAUGGCACGGCGGAAGGGAUUGCACAGAUGUACGACCAGUACCUGAACUUCAUAGUCAGCGAGCCGGACUUUUUCAGUCUGGGUAUGGGGAAGGACGUUUAUUGGGCACUGAACAGUGCAAACACCAAGGAUGAAGAGAUAGAUGCAGUGAUAGAUCGGACAGUAAGCGGUCUGUUCAGCGUAGUGGUCACUAUGGGUUCGAUACCUAUCAUUCGAUCGCCAAAAGGCGGUCCAGCUGAGAUGAUAGCUGCGAAACUAGACCGCAAACUUCGCGACCACAUACUGAAUUCAAAGGACAAUCUCUUCUCUAAUCCCGCCCAACGGGCAGCCGCGGGCUCAGCGUUGUCUUCAAGGCCUGUGCUGGUCAUAGUGGACAGAAAUGUAGAUUUGAUACCCAUGCUGUCCCAUUCGUGGACCUACCAAUCACUUGUGCACGACGUGCUGAAAAUGCGACUGAACAGAAUCACUAUGGAAACAUUAGUAGAUGGCGACAACACUGGGAAAGGCAAAGUUAAACGAUCAUACGAUCUUACCUCGAACGACUUCUUCUGGUCAAGGAACGCUGGCGUCCCCUUUCCCCAGGUCGCUGAGGAUAUUGACAACGAAUUGACCAAGUACAAAGAUGAUGCCAAUGAGAUCACAAGGAAGACCGGAGUCAAUUCCAUUGAGGAUUUAAAUGAGUCAGGCUCCUCCGCCCAACACCUCAAAUCCGCAAUCACCCUUCUACCUGAACUCCGCGAGAGAAAAGCAGUUCUUGACAUGCACAUGAAUAUUGCCACCACCUUGCUACAAGGUAUCAAAGACCGGCAGCUCGACAACUUCUUCCAAAUCGAAGAAAACAUCACGAAGCAAACCAAAGCCCAAAUUCUUGAUCUCCUCAGCGCGAUAGACAAGGGCAAAGAACCACUCGACAAGCUAAGACUCUUUGUUAUCUGGUUCUUGAGCACAGAGCAAGAGAUUGCCCGCUCUGAGAUGGAGCGAUUUGAGGCCGCCCUCGCAAAUGCUGGAGUAGAUACUACAGCCCUUGCGUACGUCAAACGGGUCCGUGAUGAAACGCGAAUGACAAUGAUGACUACCGCUGCCCCAACUCAACCAUCUCAACCCUCAACGGACCUUUUUCGUGGCUUCUCUUCCAUCUCAAACAAACUCACCGAUCGGUUAGGUGGAGGUUUGGGCGUCAAUCUCGACAGUCUAGUCUCCGGCGUUAAAAAUUUCCUCCCAGCAAACAAAGACAUCACAAUUACUAAAAUAGUCGAAUCACUGAUGGAUCCAGCCUCAGCCUCCUCUUCUGCUAUAGCGAAGACGGAAGAUUAUCUCUACUUCGAUCCGCGCUCAAAGGACGCUAGGGGCACAAUGCCUGGUUCGCAAUCUUCGCGCCAGCAAUCUGCCCCUGGGGCGUUUGGUGCACCCAUUCCAGGUACAAAUGCAACGUUUGGGCAAAGAAGGCAGGGUUUCAGUGAGGCGAUUGUUUUCACCGUCGGCGGGGGAAGUAUGGAUGAGUAUGGAAAUUUGCAAGAUUGGGCGAAGAGGACGAGCGCGCAGCAGGGGCAGAGUGGGAUUAGGAGACGGGUGGUAUAUGGGAGCACUGAGACCUUGAAUGCGGAGGAGUUCGUGAGCGUAGUGGCUAAGUUGGGAAAGGAGAGUGGAUAA